CCCACCAGCCGACUUUCCUUUCAGGACAGCAUAAACUCCCUCAGAUUUUGGCACUCAUCCAAACCGUACGCAGCAAAUAAACAAACCUCAGACUCAACACAAGUCUCCGCUCACUGAACCACACCUGUAAUGACGCACGUGCCUUUUUGACUCCCACACGACUCGAAGCCGAAGCUUCGAAAAAAACCCAGCGAUUACAAGCCCUAAUCUUUCUCUCUCGCUCAUCGUUUUCUCUCUCUAGGACUCCGAUCACCCACUGUUCGAAGCUCGUACUUGCGGAAUCCGACCCCAAUUUCUUGAAAUUCGGAGCUUUUUCGAUUGAGAGUUCAAUCAUCUGGUGUACCAGAGUGGAAUUCAUUGAGUUUAGGACUGAGGUUGCCUGUGGGAAUGAAGGCAAAUAAGUGCUAGGGAUUUGGCUCCUUCGCAUUUCUCUAAAUAUAUUAUCAGUUUGAGACUUGAAAGCAAUUAGGGAUUCAAAAUGCCAGGAGCUCGGCAUUGCCCCCGGAUUGAUACUCAUGAGCUGAAACAUCGGAUAGAGAGGAAGAUCGGCAGACAAAGAGCAGAGCAAUAUUUUCAUCUGUUAGGCAGAUAUUUAAGCUUAAAGCUAAACAAAUCUGAAUUUGAUAAGCAUUGUGUAAAUUUACUGGGGAGAGAUAACAUCUGCCUUCACAAUGCGCUUAUCCGGGCGAUCAUUAAAAAUUCAUGUGUAGCUGACACAGCACCACCACCUAAUGAAAGUAAAAAAGCAAGAGCUUCCUUGAAUGUGAAAGUACCAAAUGGGUAUGAAAGAGGCAGUCUUCAGUCACUAUGCCGGGAUGUGUUUCCUCAGUCUCCUAGGAAGGGUAGGACACCCACACAUCGUGACCGCAAGUUCAAAGACCGGCCAAGUCCUCUUGGACCAAAUGGCAAAGUUCACACGGCUGUAUAUGAAGACUCUGUGCAGAAAGUACUAGAACAGCAAAGUGCAACUGAGCUGCUGUCUUUGGGAAGCAGGCCGCCAGUUGAAGUUACUUCAGUUGAAGAUGGAGAAGAGGUAGAGCAGGAGGGAGGACCCGCUAUUUAUAGUAGGAUUCCUGUCACGGCUCCGUUUGGUGUCUCUCUGAUCUCAAGGGCAACAAAGAAAUUUUUACAUCAUGGAGCAGAGUCUGUUCUCCCCACAGAAACUUGCCAUAUCACUGGUGAGUUACCUGAUUCAAGCUCUCUCAAGAAAAGGUUGGAACAGAAGUUGGAUGCAGAGGGACUGAAGAUGUCAACUGAUUGUGUUAAUCUGUUAAACAACGGGCUGGAUGCUUAUCUGAAGAGAUUAAUUGAACCAUGCUUGUCACUAGCUGCAUCGAAGACAAGACAGAAGAUUGUUCAACAUCAAGUUGUAUCCACUUUAAACGGGAUGAGAACUAUGAGAUAUGUUCAGAAGCCAUGCGAAUGCUGUGUGUCAUUGUUAGACUUCCGUGUUUCUCUGGAGUCAAAUCCUAAAAUUCUAGGAGAAGACUGGCCCACACAGCUUGAGAGGGUUUGCUUGCGUGCAUCUGAAGAACCUUUGAUUGACUAGGUGCAAGAUUUGUAACUUAAGCCCAACAGAGAAUUUCGAUAUGAAUCACGAGAUCAUUAUCUGAUCUAGUAGCAGUGCUGGCAGAAGGUUCUCAUCAGCAAAGGAUAACUACUCAUCUAUGUGGUUCCAAGAUAGAGAAAAGUUUUGGAUCGAGGUUUUUAGGUUGUAUAUGCAUCUCAGAGCUGAUUAUUUCUGGAUUGAGGACGAUUACCUCAUAAAGUAUGGAGAUAUUAAUACCUGUAAGCUUGUAGUAAUUACAAAUAGUUAAGUGGGCAUCACGACCAUUACCAACUAAUGCCAGUAGCUUGUUCAUCUUUCUUAUCUUAAUAAUAAAGGUUCAUUUUUUAAAGUAUUCACACUCU